GAAGCGAACCAGCCUGGGUUUAUUUGGAUUAGGGUUGAGACUUUUCUUGCUGCUUCAAAUAUCUGAUCUCGCGAAAAACCCCGAUCAAAGGAAUCGUAAAAUCUAGAUCAAGAUCUCAAGUAUUUGCAAAGAGAGAGAUCAAAGAUUGGAUUUUUACCUGUUGCUUUUUCUGUGAGGUACAAUGUCUUCACCGAUGCAAGGAUCACCCCUUCCUGCCACCACCGAUUCACUGGCCCAGGCCUUAGAGGCGAGAUCUCCAUCUGAAUCUAUAUCUGUUCUCUAUCGCAUACUUGAGAACCCUUCAUCUUCACCGGAUGCAUUACGCAUAAAAGAACAGGCAAUCUCCAAUCUAUCAGAACUGCUCACCCAAGAAAAGAAAGCUGAAGAACUUAGAAGUCUCCUCACCCAACUUCGACCCUUUUUCUCUCUGAUCCCUAAGGCCAAAACUGCAAAAAUAGUAAGAGGGAUAAUAGAUUCAGUUGCCAAGAUACCGGGAACUUCUGACCUUCAAAUCUCUCUAUGCAAAGAAAUGGUAGAAUGGACCCGUUCUGAGAAGCGUACAUUUCUCAGGCAACGAGUUGAGGCUCGGCUUGCAGCUCUUCUGAUGGAGAACAGAGAGUAUCCUGAAGCCCUUACUCUUCUUUCUAGCCUUAUCAAAGAGGUUAGGAGAUUAGACGACAAGCUGCUUCUUGUGGAUAUUGAUCUUUUGGAGAGCAAGCUCCACUUUUCUCUGAGAAAUCUACCCAAGGCCAAGGCUGCAUUAACUGCUGCAAGAACUGCUGCUAAUGCUAUCUAUGUACCCCCUGCUCAGCAAGGGACAAUAGAUUUGCAGAGUGGGAUCCUUCACGCUGAAGAGAAAGAUUACAAGACUGCUUACAGCUAUUUCUUUGAAGCCUUUGAGGCUUUCAAUGCACUUGAAGAUCCUCGAGCAGUCUUUAGCCUCAAGUACAUGCUCUUGUGCAAGAUUAUGGUUAACCAAGCUGAUGAUGUUGCCGGAAUAAUCUCAUCCAAGGCUGGUUUGAACUAUGUUGGUCCUGAUGUGGAUGCUAUGAAGGCUGUUGCUGAUGCGUACUCGAAAAGAUCGCUGAAAUUCUUUGAAACUGCACUUAGAGAUUACAAGGCUCAGUUGGAAGAAGACCCAAUUGUUCAUAGGCAUCUCUCUUCACUUUAUGAUACUCUGUUGGAGCAGAAUUUGUGCAGGUUGAUUGAGCCCUAUUCAAGAGUGGAGAUUGCUUAUAUUGCGGAGAUGAUCGAGUUGCCAUUGGAGCAUGUGGAGAAAAAGCUUUCUCAGAUGAUACUUGACAAGAAGUUUGCUGGAACUUUGGAUCAGGGUGCUGGUUGUCUUAUUAUCUUUGAGGAUCCUAAACCUGAUGCUAUCUUUCCUGCGACUCUCGAGACUAUCUCUAAUGUCAGUAAAGUUGUGGACAGCCUCUAUGCUCGGUCUGCUGGGAUUAUGGCCUAAAGUUUCGUUGGUGAUUACAUGCUGUGUUCUUACAUAUUUUGAGUUCGUGAACUAUUGUAACAUUGAUGGCAAAAAUUUAACCAAUUUCGUAAGUGGUAAAGAUGGUAAUUAAAUAAGUAUUCCAUAUUAAUAUUAACAAAUU